AGCUAUGACUGUCCAUAUAUGGUAAACCAACUUCAUGUUAAGCUCAUCAAAGUUGACCUCAAAAGAAAAGAUUAUGAUUUGGUUUCUUUUGACCUGAUAUACCAUUUACUAGUUGAUUAUGAGUAUUGUUCAUGGACUGUCUCCAAACUCAAGUCAGACUUUCUGAAACUAAACCAAGUAUUGCCUGAAGAGUUUAGUGGGGAUUUCUCUGCAACAUUCCCUUUUUGGGGUAUACGGCCAACUGAUGCCAAACUUGCAAAACAUGAAGAAUUUGUGGCUAAAUAUGUUGCUUUUCUGGAUUCAAUAUCAUCCUCAGCAACUGUAGAAGAAUUCCUAAAUCUUGAGCAGCAUGAUGUUCUAAGAGUGGCACUUGAUGUCCUAAAAGAUCACAGGGGAAACAAUGAAUCAGAGGUGGAGGUUUGGGACAUGCUCAACUCUUGUGAUGAAGACCUGAUUUUAACAGAAAAACAGCUACACUCCAUUAACCUUUGUUCAGAACCCCCUGAAGACCUUCAAAUACCUUUUCUUGAACUGAGAAGAGCUAUAGACAGUGUUGCAAACGUUAAGGUAAUAGGAAACGGUUUUGAUGACUCACACAAAUACAAGCCGAGUCCCAACCUUGACAUGUCUCACUUUCAAUCCGUCACUUCCAUCACUCUAGAGAAUAUUGACUUUAAAGGAGUGACAGAACUUGGAAACCUGAGUGAAAAUCUUCGACAUCUCACCAUCAAAGCAGGAAUACAAGAUAUACAAGAAAUUUUGAUAUGGGUGACUGAGGCUGACAUAGAACCAGUUGCUUGGAAUGCUUUGGAGACCUUAAACUUGUCCUACAACAGCAUCGAAAUUAUGGACGAAAGUCUACAACUGUUGAUACAACUUUCAACACUGGAUCUCAGCUACAACAUCAUAUCCUCUAUAGAGAACAUCCAGGGGUUACCGUACCUACGAGAGUUAGACCUGUCCCACAACAACAUCAGUGACACAGAUGCUCUUCAUAUGAAGAUGGGGAACAUCACUAACCUCAACUUGUCACACAACAAAAUACAACUUCUCUACGGAUUUGAACGUCUGUUCUCAUUAGAGGAGCUCGACUUGAGUCACAACUGUGUCGAGCAACUGAACGAAGUGAACCGACUAUCAAACCUCCCCCAACUUGAAAACCUCUCACUACUCGGUAACCCCAUCUCCAAGAAGUCAGCCUACAGACCAACUGUUCUCACUGUGUUUUAUGAGAACGAAGCGUUCCGUCUGGACAGAGAGCCGACAACUCCUGCAGAGAGGAAGAAACUGAAGAAGACUUUGGAGAAGACAAAAGAGGUGGAGGUAAAACUAGAGGAGUCCAUCUGUGUUGUGGAGAUAUUAGAGGAGUCGUACGACAAGGCGUUCCUAGAAGAGUCCCAGGAAUGUGACGAGCAAUAUGUGACAUUCUCCGAACUUAACAUCAACGAAACCCAUCUACCCAGCAAUAAACGAUGUCUUACUUCUCUCGCCUCGAUCAGCGAGCUGGAUGAGAGUUUUGAUGAUGACACUCUGACGAAUAGCUGGCUCCGCGAGAGAGCCCCCACUAUAGUGGAGGUGGAGAAGAUGGUUAUGUUCGACGGGGACAACUGGUUAGCCAACUUUAUGGAUGAUAUUGAUAAGGAUCACUUCGAGAGACCUCCUACUCCUCCUCCUACAAUAUUAAAGAUGUCUGAGGAGACAUUAAAGUCGUUGGAGCCAACUCCACCGAAGAAGCAAAGGAAAAUGCCGGAGAAGACAGAAGCUCCCACAGCUGAAAGCUCCGGAUCGUGUGAAACAGAAAGCAGCAAAGGCUCUAAGGAUUCCAAAAGUAAUGAAGCGAUCAUUAGACAACCCUCCGUGCCCUUCCAUAUUGUUCCGAAUGAGGUCUACAACAUAGACGAGAAAAUAGAAGAUCUGGUUAAUAGAUACUCAAGUCUCUCUUUCCACGAACUUCAACCAAACUUCAGUGUCUACAGAGACAAUGAACUCUAUGUAAUGGCACUUCUACCCUCCUCACCGUACAGGCCCCACCUUGUCGAGGUUAAACCCCGGGGAGGGAAGAUGACGUGGAGCUUGUAUUCUGUCGAUAUCGAGUCCUGUGAUCUGAUAGGAGAUCAGAUUUCUAUCAAGAAGUUUGAUGAGGAGACCCCGAGAGUGUACUCACAGUUGUUUCUCCAUGAUACAGCACAUCUGUAUCUCCUGGUUACGAAGAUGAAGGAUAUUCGAGAACCAGAGCCACCGGAAGAACUCAACAAACUGGCGAGUGAUAGGAUUGUUGUUGCUGCUGUAGAGGAUGCUCUGAACGAAGAGUUCUACUCAUUCCCAUCCCACUGUUUCAGAUACUGCAAAGCUGAUGUGCCUCUACCAGUCGUCCUAGCUAUCACUCAAUCAGAAGUUCUCGUCAUAAAGAUAGAAAACCAGGAUUUGUUACAUCUUAACCAGGAUAUUCUAGCUCAAAUCCUUACGGACGAAUCGUGCACAUUCUCAAUAUUACACCGCGAGAAGAUGUCGAGUAUAAGGCAGGUCUUGAUGAGCUACUUCGAGCACACUGUUAGGAUUGAGUUCAAGGAAGACGGUAACCCUUACGGGAGCCCGGAGACAACCAUCUCCCUGAUCGGGUACAACUCACAAGACAUUGAGAUGUUCCUGGAGACUCUGGCCAGCAGACUGGAUACCCAGAAUAUCCCCCCCUCUGACAUCAUCUUUACAGAGGAAGAUACUGACAUCAGGCUCCUCAAAAGAGUGCUCAGAAUUCAGGAUCUCCAGAAAAUAAACUGCGUUUCAGUCCGGAUCAUGGAGACUUGCUACUUCCGGUGUCUAGUGAUGACUGAUAACUUCCUCUAUGUGUUGGAGGAGGACUUUGUUAGGUGGCCUCCACCUUGCUUCGUAAGACACCCCCCUCUCACACCGCGAUACAGCGUAGUACAGCAGAUCCGGAUCAGGUUCAUCCAGGGAAUUACCCUUUUUGCUGAGAUCCACCGUGGUAGUUACGUGCUGUCUAUGGGGUACUACAAGAACCUGAAGACCUUCGAGCGGGGGAGAGUGGAUCUGUUUAUCUCUUCCUAUGAGAACAGAGAGCAGAUUGUGGGGCAUAUCAAGCGGACCUGGGAGCAGUACUACAAGAAGGAGAUAAUUGUGAGCAGUAUGAAGAGGUACGAGGUUGAAGAGGAGAAUAGUGGUGGCGGGGGGGAGGGAAGCUACACUGAAUGUUGCGGAGUUUACUGUCGACAACUUCCUCAAUAUUCCUGUGGAGAAGAUACAGAGGUUCAUAGGAGAAGAACUGAAUGACUCUUACAACAUCCUGUAUCUGACCAAAACUCACUGUCUUACCUCCAACUUUCCUGACUUUGAGCACGAGUGUAUCGUGAUAAUAACCCAAGAAAACCUCCACAUCCUGACCUCUCUGCCUCCUCCCACUCCUGCUAAAUUGGACUCUAUAGAGCAGACUGAUAACAGAGUGUCAGACCAUCUCGGUCUCCUUAUCUCCCGCUCUGUCGUGGAUAUCUGCCAGAUUGUCUGUGGAAUUAUGGAGCAACUUAUCAGGUUUGAGUUCAGCUAUAACGAGGUUGGUCUGGUGACCUUCAUGACAAGGGACGUGCAGCUGUCCCGUGAUCUCCAGAGAGUUGUUAUAGAAGCGCUGCACUGUCACUGCCAAGCUGACGGUUACGAGAGUGAUAACGUUCUGAUCACUAAGAAAGGAAGAGAACUCAGCAUUAUCCACCUGGACGAGGAUAGGCUAGACGAGCUGAGAUACACAAUAGCGAAACACACGGGUAUACACGACUACAACGAGGUUCAGAUCCUAACCUACUCCUUACUUUAUCAGGUAGUGGGUGAGAGCAAGCAGUUGGUUACACUGGUACUAACUAACCUGUUUAUGUGUCUUAUAAAGGAAGACAACGUGUUCUGGCCGCUACCUCAAUCUAACAAAAUCAGCAUGCCCAACUCAGUACAGUUCAGAUUGAUAGAGGCUAUCCCAUUGGAGGAUGUGAUGUGUGUACAUUACUCGCAUGUUACUAGUUGUGAUAUUGUAGUUCUGUACGAGAACGCUGAUUUCCACAACCGACCACCCACUAGCAGUGGACCCGACCAAGAGUUCUACCUAAUAGAAGCAGUGGAGAAGCUGGGCAAAACAGCAACCCUUCACACCAUCUCUUAUCAGAACAGAGACAAGCUUAUUAGGACACUGUGUCAGCUCAGGGACGACGAGUUACCCGUCAAAAAACUGGGUGCUUAGUCACGUGACGUGACGUCACCACACCUCGUGACGUCAUCAUACCACGUGACGUCAUCAUACCACGUGACGUCAUCAUACCACGUGACGUCAUCACACCACGUGACGUCAUCACACCACGUGACGUCAUCACACCACGUGACGUCAUCACACCACGUGACGUCAUCAUACCACGUGACGUCAUCAUACCACGUGACGUCAUCAUACCACGUGACGUCAUCAUACCACGUGACGUCAUCAUACCACGUGACGUCAUCAUACCACGUGACGUCAUCAUACCACGUGACGUCAUCAUACCACGUGACGUCAUCAUACCACGUGACGUCAUCAUACCACGUGACGUCAUCAUACCACGUGACGUCAUCAUACCACGUGACGUCAUCAUACCACGUGACGUCAUCAUACCACGUGACGUCAUCAUACCACGUGACGUCAUCAUACCACGUGACGUCAUCACACACUUCCCAUGAUUUAUAUUUAGAGUGAUUUGUAUUUUAUACUUUUAUAGAGUGAUUUUAUGAAUUUUGGUGCCAUUUACUCAUGUGGUAUGUGUUGAAAUAUUUUAUACAAAAUACGAAAGAGAUUUAUACGAGAUUAAUGUAUUGUUGACUUUUUACACUUUUAUUAACUUGAGAAUACUUUAAGCGUGUUUACAAAUUUUUCGCGCAGCAAUUUGAAUUAGUAGAUUUAAUGAUCCGAAUCAAUAUUUUAUACCGUUUUAUAACAGUUUUACUAUAAUGUGCUCCCCUAUCAAACAUUACAUUAUAUGGUAGUGUUUCCAUAGUAACACUACCAUUUAAGGUAAUGUUGAUAACAGAUUUACAAAUGUGCACCUAUAAGUACGUCAGAGCUGCACAUUUGGCUUAUUCUGUCAUAACACCCAUGGGACUUUGCGUUUGAUUUUAUGUUUUUAUGUAAUUUUUGAAUUUUGUAUUGUUUGUAUGAUGAAUAUGAUUUUAUUUUC